AUGACAAUCACCUUAAGUUCUGUGUUGGCUGUGUUGGUCGUCAUCGCACAUCCUGACGAUGAAACUAUGUUCAGUGGCUUCAUUCAUGCUCUUACGCAUAAACUCAAUGCUUCUGUUGAUCUGGUGUGUGUCACGAAUGGCGAAGGUGGUUUUACAUAUGCGGAACUGUCUGAAUCCCUCUAUGGAAAUCUGAAAUUAUCAAAUGAAACUAUUGGCAGAAAACAUCUGCCACGUAUACGCCAACAAGAAUUAUUUAAUAGUGGACGAAUAUUAGGUAUUAGAAAAUAUUUCUUUUAUGAUCAAAUCGAUUUGGAAUACAGCCGAGAUGUCAAUACAGUCUUCGAGAAACAAUGGGAUAAACAAUGGGUCAUUGAACAAUUCCAACAAACAAUUAAGAAUGGAAAUGGUGCUGAUGGCUAUGAUUUAAUGGUUAUUGAGCUUCCAAAUGUGAAUUCGCAUGGUCAUCAUACAGCAUCAGGCCUGCUUGCACUCGAAGCUAUCAAUCGUUUACAACGAAAGAAGUCAGUUAACAUGUCCAUACCAACAGUUAUUGGUGGAUCGGAAUUUGUUUUUACUCAAUCGCCAACGUACGCUGAAGAUCGACUAGCUGAAAUUUUAACAAACAUAACGACAUUCGAAUUUCGUUUCAACUUGAAAUGGAAAAUAAGUAAAUCGAUGAUAGUUAACUAUAAAACAAUUCGCUGUUGGGUAGCUGCUGAACAUAAGUCUCAAGGCAAUCUCAUAGAUCAAGUAGUAUUCGAAUCCAAUCGUACUGAGGAACAAUAUUUUUAUUUUGCUAUUAAUGAACGAUACGGUGGUCAUGGACGUCUCUCAAUGAUGCGGAAUCUAUUCACUCAACUUGCUAACAUACAUCAAAGCGACAACGAAAAUUAG